AUGGCUUCGUACACACAGUGUGUACUCAUUACUGGUGGUACCUCUGGUCUGGGCUACCACUGUGCUCUAGAGAUCGCUCGCCAACAUCCAGAGUACAGGGUUAUCAUUGCAUGCCGGUCCGACCCAUAUCAAGUAACAAAGGAGAUGAAUACGCUUCUCCAUCAAACCAACGUGACUUGGAUACGACUUGAUCUAUCAUGUCUUGAGACUGUUCGCAACUUCGCAGCACAAUGGAAAUCGCACAAGUACCCUCCGAUUCAAUCUCUGGUCUGCAACGCAGCCCUACAGUUCCCAGGCGCGGCUGAAUACACAGUCGACGGCUACGAAAAGACAUUUGCAGUCAGCCAUAUUGGUCAUGCCCUCUUGUUCUCCCUCCUUCGACCAUAUCUGGCAGAUAAAGCUCGAGUUGUGAUUGUUUCUAGUGGAGUCCACUACGCCGAGCAGAAAACCGGAAUGCCAAAGCCAAACUACAUCUCAGCCGAAGAACUCGCUCACCCGCCUGCAUCAAUCUCAAAGGCAACUGGCCGCUUGCACUAUUGCAAUACCAAACUGGCAAAUGUUCUAUAUAUGUAUGCCUUGCACAGGCGGUUCCUAUCAAUCAACAAGAAGAACGGGAAGCACUGGACUGUCACUGCCUUUGACCCUGGCCUGAUGCCCGGAACGGGGCUUGCGCGGGAUGGUUCGACAGUGGAACAGUUCCUUUGGAAUCGUGUUUUACCACACGUUAUUCCAGUUUUGAAAGUGCUCAUUUCGCCAAACAUUCAUACCGCCAAGGACUCGGGGGCUUCGUUGGCCCGAUUGGCGGUUUGUGAGGAUGUUGAUGGGGUUAGUGGCCGGUAUUUUGAGGGUAGACGAGAGGUUGAAUCUAGCAAUGCGAGUUUUCACAAGGGUAAUCAGGAAGAUCUUUGGGAGUGGACCCUAAAGACUAUGGCGAGGAAUGAAGAUGAGGAGCGUAACAUGUCUCUUUCUGAUCUUCUUUAG